AUGAACUCAUCUCUUUUAAGCCCUUCGUCGUCUUCUUCUUCUCCUCAUCUCCAGUCAUCUCCAGCAACGUUCGACCAGGAUGACUUCCUCCACCACAUCUUCUCCUCCGCUCCUUGGCCUUCCUCCGUCAUGGACGAUGCUCCUGGACCUCCACCCACCGUCGCUGGAUUUCAUCAUCACGACGUUGAUUCAAGAAACCAGAUUACGAUGAUUCAAGCUCUCAACAAUGGCUUCACCACCGGAUCUCUCCCUUUCCACCUCCCUCAGGGAUCGGGAGGUGGGGUAAUGAAACAAGGUCAAACACAAACGCAACCGCACGCGACGGCGUCAACCACCACCGGUAACACGGCGGCGCCGCCACAGAGUAAGUCUAAAGUCCGAGCUAGGAGAGGUCAAGCCACUGAUCCUCACAGUAUAGCCGAACGGUUACGGAGAGAGAGAAUAGCUGAAAGGAUGAAAUCUCUUCAAGAACUUGUCCCUAAUGGCAACAAGACAGACAAAACAUCAAUGCUCGAUGAGAUUAUCGAUUAUGUCAAGUUCUUACAGCUCCAAGUCAAGGUACUAAGCAUGAGUAGAUUAGGAGGUGCUGCUUCUGUUUCCUCUCAAAUCUGUGAGGAAUCUGAUGGGUCCCAUGAAAACAACUCUUCCACCCCCGUCGAGAAUCAAACGACGGCGAAGAUGACGGAGCAACAAGUGGCGAAGCUAUUGGAAGAGGACAUGGGAUCAGCGAUGCAGUACUUACAGGGCAAAGGACUCUGCCUCAUGCCCAUCUCCUUGGCCACAACCAUCUCAACCGCCACGUGUCCUUCUCGUAAACCAUUGAUCUCUUCAGCCGUUAAAGAUGCCGGCGUUCCUUUGUCUCCUAACCUCUCCGUCCAGUCAACAAACACGGCGGUUAACGGUAACAGUGCCUCGUUGGUUGCCGUUGAAGACGCUCCCUCGGUUUCCAAGCCGUGA